AUGCUCAAGAAUUUGGUGCCGGUCGCGGAAAAAUCGGGACAGGGACAGAAACUAGCGCCGGUGGUCUCUUCUGUGAAGACGGUAAAUUUUAUCACCAAAGAAAUUGAACAGAAAGUCGGUGCGGAAAUGAGCGGAGGUGGCCUGGCCGGCUCUAAUCAAGGUACUGGAGGUGGGGGCUUUCUGAAUCAAGUCGAAAGUGCCAUCGACGGUAUGUCUGCUAGGACUGGAAACGCUCCGAAUGUUGAUCAGCCUGGUGGUGGUGGGGGCAUCAUGAAUGAACUCGAAAAAUUUCUAUGA